GAGGAGCAGUAGCGCAGUCGAUCGACGAAUUGUAAUUGCAUCGCAUCUGUUGACCGUAGGGAGGCGUUGCAAAACUUUCCAAUUUUUAGAGAAAAUUUUUAUUUCGACUCGAAACGGUUGCUUUCCAUUUCUUCUCUACAAAUGCAAUUUUAAAAAUUUUAGGUCGUGUCGUGUCAUUAUUUUAUCCAGCGUCUUCUCCAAUUGUUUGUCGUGUAAAUUGCGGACUGCAGGGACAAAUUCAUAUUCAAAUUGCAUUUUUGGUAAACAGCUACAUUUCCGAUACUAGUUCGUGUUUUUCAGUUUGUUGUGUUGCCUACAUUGUUGUUAGAAGUGCAUGACAACUGCACGAUUUUUGUGGAUGGCCCGCAGAUGAUUUUUUAUGCAAAGUGAAAGGUGGUUUGUGGGAGACUCGAGGGGAGCGCAAGAGUUGCGUCAUAGGCGGGGGGACGUGGUAUUUGGUGUUUUUUCCCACACACAGACUCGGAUUGUCGACAGCAAGAAAAACCAAGGCAGCUUGAUACGCAAAACGCGUAGUCAAGAGUGCCAGCAACGAGACGCAAAGUAGUUUCCGAGCUAGACGUGAGAAAAAAGUAGCGAGCGCAGGGCGACGAGCAAGACAAGCAGGAAUUUGUCGAUCGAAACUAAACGUCGUUGGUAGUAUCGUGUUGUGUAGCUGAUCGGUUCCGUGGUCUGUCCGAGCGUCAAUAAGUUAGUUUCCGUGCAUUGCUUUGGUCUGAUCUGUUGACAACCACUUUCUCUUUCUUGGCGUCUCGCGGACAAUGGGUGUUCCUCCCGCGGCGAUUUCAAAGAGCAGACGAAGAGUCAAUAGUUGCUUCAGGAAGAAACCAGCUGCUGCCGCUGCUACGGCCGCAUUGCAACGAACCUCGACGAAGCCGAACCCGACCAGGAACAGGAUGGACAGGAGAGCUCCCAAAUGGGGCGAGCUCCCGGCCCUCGCAAUCAGCAAUAUUUAUGAUUAUCUGGACGUGAACGACGUCCACAUUGCGUCCUCUACUUGCUGGCAUUGGAGAAGCGUUUUAUUUCAGAAGAGAUUUUUCAAAAAUUUUAAGUUCAAAUUAAAUGUUGCAAACGAUCGACAAUGCAAUUUCUUUUUGCAAAGUUUAAUAAACCUGACUAGUGAGCUCACAAUAAUAUUCGAUGUUCGAAGCAUAUAUCAUAUAAACAAAGUGAAACGAAUUUUGAACAGAGUUUCUAAAAGUGACCAUUUAACUGCUUUACGAUUCCAUACGAAGUGCAUGCGCCUAGGAGCGUCCGGAUCGCUCUUAGAGCGAGAUGCGAAAGAGAUUGAACAAAUAUUUUUUGAACCAAUUAAAAUGUUGCUAUCGCGUAGGUUCCCUUCGUUUAAAAAACUAGAUCUUGGAUGUAUUGAAACUUUAGCUUUAUACGCAACUGAAUUUAUGAAGGCACUGUCGCGUCCUCAAGAUCUGAAAGAAAUAACAUUUGCUUCAAUUAAGUACGAUCCUAGUCAUUACCCGAUUCAAAUUAUUGAACCGAUACUGUUCGAGAAAUGUACUUCUCUUCAGGUAUUAUCCUUAGACUAUGAUACUUUGAAUGACGAGUUCUUGAAAACACUUCGAGUUCUUCCAUUGAAAAAGUUUAUGAUUUGUGUACAUGGUCUGGACGAAACACAUCCUGGAAUCUCAGAGAAUGCAUGGAGUGAAUUUAGCAGUCGAUUUGAAACAAUUGAUUUAAUUUUAACACUCAUAUACGCUUAUGAAGCUGUGGAUGUUCUCCAGCAUCAAAUAUUCCGUCGUAGUAUGCCACUCUCACAUUUGCGGGUUCUGUUUUGUAAUUUGAUAAAUAUUGAUGCUCUAGAUCUACUUUCACGAUAUUUUACGGAUACUCUGAAGAGCAUACAAUGGAUUGACUCGGCAUUUCAAGAAAUGGAUAGAAAUGUUAUGGACUUAUAUUUACGAUCAGGACAGGACCCGUUCGUAAUGAUGUCAUGGCGGUGCAAACUAUUAGAAGAAAUUGUCAUUCACGGAUAUGUGCUAGAUCCUCAUAAUUUGGUAGGUGUGUCACGACUUCGAGGCAGGAGCCUAAAGAGGUUAGAAGUGUCUAUGCUUGAUCCGCCUGUUUCUGAGAUGAUGAACUCUUUUAUCGAGGAAAUAAGCACACAAUUGGGUCAUAAGUGGCGUCCGCAGGAUUCGAAUACAAUUCAUCCAGCCCUUGGAUAUGUUCAGGUUUCCGAGGAUGUGCGAGAUGAAUAUGUGUCGAAUGUUAUUCGUGCCGAUUUAGCUAACUAAAGGGCUAAGGGUAUCUGGCUUUGUUGGACCGUCCAACAGGCACUCCAAUAUGGAAUUACGAUAUUAAUCUUACCAUUCGACAAGCUGGGAUAAAAUCUUGUACGCAUACGUAUGGUACGUAAGUAUUGAAGAAAAUAUGACCUGGAGAGCAGUAGUUAAUUCGUUUGCAAACAUUUUACUUUCUGGAAAAAAAUUGCUGUCUUUAAUUAAACAAGUCCAAGAAAAGAUAUUAACCAUAUAUAUAUAUUCAUAAAAGAAAAAAAUGUAUAUGCAAUUAAAACAGUAUAAUAGUAACCAAAAUUAUGAACGUAUAUUAACAGUUAAAAACACGUUAUAUAAGCCAUUAUAUAAAUUUGUUCCGGAUAUGUUUCUCUAGAUAUUUUUUGAAAAAUCUUUUCUCGAUUCUGAGUUCUGUUAAUAAGACAAAACGAGAAAAUGUUGAAAAUUAGUUGAAAAUGACGUGAUAUAAACGAAAAAAUAUAACUAAAUAUUAUUGAAAGACAUGGGCAUAAACAAAUGUAAACACGAUAAAAACAUUAGGAAAUAUUUCAAUAUUAUUUGUGAUAGAAAUGCACUAAAAAAGUACGAAAUUUCGUCUCAAUUUUAUACACGAUUUAUAUUAAAAGGAAAAAAAACGACGGAGAUAUCUUUUUCGUUUUCUUAUCAAUUGAAAAGGACAAAAUCGAGUUCUUCUAAUCGAAAUUGGCAAAUUACCAAAAAAAGAAAAAACGAAAUAUAAAUUUUUUUACAAAACGAAUAAGAAAGAAUGACAAGCGAGAAACUUAUAUAGAAACGUUCUGUGAUUUGCAAAAGAAUUUUUGCGUUCAUUUUUUUAGUCUGUUUUUUUUAAAGAAGAACAACAAAUUAAAUAGCAACAUAUUACAAACGAGAAAAGAAUUCCUCAAGAUAUAUUACAAUGAAAGCGAAACGAACUGAAGAGGAUCAUUUGAAUGCUAGCCGUCGCAACUAGACAACAAAAAUGAAGAAGUGACUUUUUUACUUCUUGCGACUUUAACCACGUUUUUCACAAUUAUGUUAUACUAUUUUACAAAACGUUUUGUCUCAUACGACUUAAUUUUGUCUAUUCUUGUCCUAUGUUAUCAGUUAGAUAUAGGUGGGAGAAAAGUAUCAAUCUUAUAUAUUUUUUAUACUUCAUUACUAUCUAUCUCUAUGAAUUGCGCAGAGAAUAAAGAAAUUAUGAAUUUCACGAAUAGAAGAAAACAAAGAAAAUGACAACAACUAAAAGUACAUUUGUGAAUUGUGAAGAAAUGAGAAGGGAAACUUAGUAAACGCUCUAAUAACCACGUAUACGUUCCAUAUUUACAACAUGAAGAACCAUAUUGUUGGAUUGCUUUUUAAUUUAUUUUUUUACACUCGAUUCCUAUUUGGCAUGAGUUACGAACGAGAAAAUCAUGCUUGUAUAUAUACUAUUGAAUGUGAUUUGUGUUUUUAUAUAACGCGAGUAGAUUAUUUUUAAACUUUGAUAAUUGAAUUAAAAUACCAAAACCAUACUGACAUCUGUGAUAAUAAAAAUCUAUAUGCGACCUAUCCAAUCUACCAUUGUAGCAAUUAUAGGAGUUUUCUCAUUUUGUUCUUAUUUUGUACAUCGAAUAUGCGUCAUUAUCAUUUACAAACAAAUUGCUUGGGCAUUGUCAUUUGUCUGAAUGCAUUUAUUAUCUGUGUGUAUCAAAUAUUACUCCGUCGAAUGACCAUUCUCAGUGUUUGGCGCGCAGAUGCUUCUGCAGUAUUCUAUAUUCAGUCGGUAUUUGGUUUAUCGAUCAUGAAGUGUGUUUUUGUUUUUAAAUUGGGGACAAAUGUAAGCUUAGCAAAUUAAGUGGACUAUUCGAUACUUUUUGGCUUAAUAGUUCCAACGAACUUCUAAAAAAAUGCACCAACUGAUUGGUGAGAGUCCGGCGAUUCAUAAAUUAUCGUUUUCUCCGUGUAUUCACUUGUUUUCGUCUGUUUUCAGGAAUAAAUUUAUACUUAUUCCUGAUUUUGAAUAAAAAGCUAUUAAAUAAGAAGAAUUACAUAUUUGACAUAAUUAUUAGAAAUUAGAGAAAAACUAGAAUCUCGCGAAUCUAUUACAUACAAAAAUAUACCAGUUGUUUAUUAAAGCGAACACAAUAUCAUAAAAUUGCAAUGUUUAGUAACAGAAUAGUCUACAAUUGCUUUCACGAUUAGUGAGAACUAUCUUUUGUGUUCUUAGCUAGGGUAUUAUUGAAAAAUUAACCAAAGAUCUAUGAGAUUAAACUCAAACUCAAAAACAUAUGCGAUUCUCAACUAUAUCUGAUCUAGAGCUUAUUCUAUUGUUGCUUUAAGCACCAGAAGUUGUAGCAAUGUUUUAGUUGAUUGAAACAAAUAUCAGAAAUUUAUAAUUUUCUGCUGAACAUUCCGAUGGAUUCAAACGCGCAAUAUUUCUCUAUCAUUUUCGAGCUUUGCUUAUUUGUAGGUGCAGUAGAUCACUGAGUACCAGUCGCAUAUGAUCGAUAUAACCUUGUACAAAGUUCUACAUGGUACAAAUGCAACAAUCAACAACUCUCUUGUAUAGAAAUAAGAUAUCGAAAGAAAUUAUCAAAGUUUAAAAUUGUACCAACAACAAUUACUACCACUUCUACUAUUAUUGCUUUAAAUAUAAAUAUAUUUUAUAUCGACUAGAAACCAUACCAAAAAAGCAAUCCAAUCGAAGGGAAAGCAUCAUACACAAAUAACUAUACAUACAAAAGAUAACAACUAGAAAUGUGAUGAUCGAAAUAUAUUGAAUAGUUAAAGAAAAUAUAACAAAGAAUAUAAAUAUAGAGUAUAAAAUGGCCAUUGAAUUUAAGGAUUUUUGUGAGAAAAACAAAUGAAGAACAAUCUCAAUUCAGAGAUUCUUUAUAAAGUGAAUAGGUUCCAUAACUAAACGAGAACAUAUGUAAGAAAGAAACAACCAACAACUACAAACAAAACCAACAACAACUUAUUUAGAAAUGUGAUAUAAAACAAAGAGUUUUUACAAUCAUUGCCAUGAAAUUAAACGAUAAAAUAAAUGUUAGCGUAAAAGAAUAAUAUAGCGUAAAAACCAGAAAGUGUAAAGCAACUAAAUUGCCAGCUAUUGAGAGAGAGAGAAUGACGAGACAGUGUAUGAGAAAGAGUUUAUUGCUAUCAUCAUACCACGAGUAAAACAACAAAGACUCAAAACAUGAAAAAUAUGUUCUUAUACAUUUUUCAUGAAGCGCAACUCUGUACUGUGAUGUUUGGAAAUUUUUAAUUUGGUUCAUUAUUAUUAAGGAAACACUUGUUAUUUCAUUUUGGUUAUCACAUACAUUAAGCUUAUGAAACUUUCAAGCAUCAUAGGUGCGAAUGUAUUUUUGUUCAUGGAGAAUAUAAUAUCUGAUUGUAAUUUUCGCUUCUUCGCAUUAUCGUUUUACAUUGGCAUUGCCAUUUAAAUAAUUAAUUUUAAGCCCUGGUGUGGCUAUUCCAGAUCAUUUUGGCUUUUGGGGCGCAAACGAGAUCAAAGCCCACAUUUCGUUUGUGGAUUGAACAGCUAUGGCUUAGCCUAAAGGGAAGAAGCAUAUAGUCUUGGAAAUAUCUUUCAAAAUUGAAUUAGUACAAUGGCUAGUGAAGGUCGUUAAAUUACUGGGUGUUGCAAAUUACUUGAUGAAAUUUUGUCCUGACAACGCCUUCGGGCAACUAGAUUUUUAGGUUGGAAUAGGUUAUAAAUCUUCUAGUUAAAGGUUUCAAAUUCUCCCUAUUCCUCUGAAUGGAUUUUAGUUCCUAUGGCUAAACAUAUUUCAAAACUUCUAAAUUUGUGAAUCAUUAUUCCCGUAGUUGCUGUGAGCUAUACUUUCUGAAUUAGACUAAAGGCUUGACAAUGUGUGAUAGUCGCAUUCUUCCCCUGAAUUAAAUUAUAUUGGGGAUUGCAUUGCAUGUAAAUUUAUUGUUCUAUUAUCGGCACUGCGCUAUGUUUUUAAUAUUUCGUAUGAUUUUUUUUCCGGCUACGUUCAUUUCUUUUUUCUUACGAAAUCUUUCUCGUGGCUCUACCUUAUUUCGCGUUGGUUGAAUUUUUACAAGUCACAUCGCCUCAGUAAAUGACGUCUUUCAUGUCAUUAAUUCAUUAGACGCUGGAAAGUUCUCGCCGAUAUUUUUUUUAACUCGACUGGCACUCCUACAAACCCCUAUUCUCCUCGGAUGAAACCUCUUUUAUAUGUGCUAAUGAUGUCAUUUGAAGUUGUUUGUUGAAUUUCAAACUUUUAACCGUAAUUGAAGAAGUUUGGCGGUAUUAGUAUUUCAUGGCCUUCAAUUGGCGAGGUUUCAAAAUCAGCAGGUUGUCUUUUGAGUAAUUCAUUAAAGUAUUCUUUCCAUCGCCUUAGUACGCACUUUCGAUCAGAGAUCAGAUUCCCUUUUUUAUCACAACAGAGGGCGCCGUGUCAUAUCUUGCCACAUUCAGUUUAGUCUUUGGUAAAAGUUCAACGCGUGGUGCGGUUGUUCCCCAUAUCUAUCAGUUUGAUAGAUUAAUGAGUUUUCUUGAUUUUAUCUUCUAAUCCUGUUUAAGCUCGUCGAAGUUCCUAAAACUAGCUCUACGUGCACUCAUAUUCUUUAUGAAUGUUUCAUGGCCUAGUACGUGGAAUCUUUCGUCACAUUCUAUAGUUUCAUUUAUAUUUAUAUAUAAGACCAUCCAUGAGGCUAACCGUAUAGCUGUAUAUCAACUCUAUCUAAUUUUUUUAAAUAAUCCUUUUGAUAUAUCAAUUUUUCGUCCAAUCUGCCGCUUGCGGCUUCGACGAAUUCUACCCUUACACUUUUAGGUUCUUCUGAUGUAACGGUAAGGCUUUCAUGGAGAUACGUGAUUUUUCGCGGAUUAAGCUUAAAAUAAUCCGAUCCUGUCUUGUUAUUUUGAGUUUUUUCUGUCUAUUCUAACCCUAUUCUCCACUUUUUCAAAAAUAUUUCGCUUUAUAGAAUUUCGUAUUUUUUCGCCAGCUACUAAGUUGAAAUCUCCACAUUUGGUACAAUAACAAAACGAACAUCGUUUUUCAGCUCUUUCCACUUUACCAUAUCACAAUACAGUUGCUGCUGAAAGAUUGAACUUUCACCCUGUUACUGUUAUAUUUUACAAUUUGUUGAAAAAGUUAGUACCAAUGUUGGAAUACUUUUGCCAGUCAACAAAAGCGUAGUUGGACACAUUCAAAGAAUUUACUUUUGGCUUUUCGGCGUAAAACGUCUUUAAUACUCUUUACCGUUUUUUAAAAUAAUACACCAGUGUGUAUUUUCAGAUGUGCUUUAUCAGAUUGAACAUUUGUCUAUGAGAACUCGCUUAGAAUUCCAUCUCCUGGGGUCAAGCGGAUAUAAAAAACUCCACCCUGCAUCUUAUGUACUACCUUUUGUCGCUUUUUCUUUCUGAAGUCGGUGAUCCUGAAUCUCAUUUUUUUUCCUUGAAAUCUGGCUUGUUUGCACAAGUUUUCAUCAACUGAAUUUUUCGUUUCAACAUUUCGUCCCUUUUAUCUCCGGCAAAAUCGCGAUCACGAGUUUCGUUCUUUUUUCUCGUUUUAAAAGUUUUCAUUUGAUUUGGAAUUGGCAUUGGCUUUUUCGACCCUUAUUCUACAUGUUAGUUUUCACCUCACUUUUCUAAAGAUGCAAAUAGUAACGAAUUCCAACGGUAGUUCAAAAUAUUGAUAUAGGUAUACUAGGGGCAAUGUAGUCAACAGUGCAUUCAUCCGUAAUCGAUAAUACGUUAACAUUUUACUGUUCUAAAGUCAGGAUAGGCAACAUGAAAGAUCAAAUAAAAUUUAGCCAUAACUACCCUUCGAUCGCUCAUAAUGUACCUUACCCUAGCUUCAAGCAGAUCAAUUACAUAAUGGAUAUCGAAAAGUUAUUCCUAUUAGAGUAUGGUCAAUCUUGAAGAAGAUUUUGGCCUUCUGGUACUUUCAAGUGUAUGGUUCCUGUUCACUUCUUUGUGGAGUAUAUGGCAUCACAAUCUCUUCUUUCUUAUUGCUAUCUUACGUCCCACUUUACGCACUUUGGCGAGACAAUUUCCUUGUUUUUAUGUAGAACAAAAUUUAUUUGUCUGUAACUUUAGUUUGUGGUGUUUUGGUGUGAUUAGAGGGUAAUUCUUCAAAAUAAAUGUCCAAUUGGGUAUACAAUUCAUCUGUAAUGACAGUAUAUUUUUAUUCCUUGAGAGCUUGGUAGUUAAUGCACCAAACAUUAAAAACUAUCUUAACGCGGACUAGCUCACAUUCGUUCACUUACUUGUCUGAAGACUGUCCUUGGUCAUUAAAGAGUGUUAUCUGUGAUGCAGGUGACGCCCAGUUUUCUGCUUUUCUCGUUUUUUGCUGCUGGUAAAAGUCAUAUGGAACCUGUAAUCUCUAAUUUUGCCUUUCAAUCUGAAAAUAAAUUAGCUACCAUAUGCCUUUAAGGGUUGUUAUGUUGGGUGUCGAAACUCUGGUAUCAAAUGCUUUUCCAGUUCAACGAAAACUCUAUCGCUGAAUUUUUUCACAAGUAUUUUAAAUCGUUGGAUGGCAUCCGUUGCUGAUAUUUAUGCAAUAAAGCUGCAUUGGUUUGGAAUGCUUCGUAAUGGCUGAUAAACUUCUGUUUAUAAGUCGUAUCUAUAAUUUCAAGGUGUGCACUGAUAACUCAAUAGGAUUGUAAGGCACUGGCGAACGACUCCGUAUUAUUUUUAUAGGUACAAUGUACAUUGAUGACAUGCAAUGCGAUGCUGGUUGACAGCACUCUUUGCCACAUCUCCCACGAGCCAUAACGAUAAUUGCGUCGGAUAGAUUAAAACGAAUAGAUUUCUCUUCAACAACACAUAUGUUUGAAUGUGAACCUUUUGCGGGUCAUUAUGUCAUUUCCGGUCUAAUUCUUUUUUACGUAUCUAUCGUUUCCAGUUUUCACUUGCUUGAUUAUAUUAUCCUCCAGUUCCGUUUUCUGUUCAUCUGCGGAACCAUUCAUCGUGUAUUAGUUCUGGAGGUUGGCUGUGUUAUAAGGGACUCUUCGGUCUUUAACAUAUGUAUUUUGGCUUAUCAAUAUCAGAACGUAGUCAAUCUGUAUAUUACUAUAAACGGGUUAUAACUUACUAGAUAUUCUUUCGUUUUUGGAAAUCACUCAAAUUCAUUUAGACUUUUUCUUCUGAAUUCAAAUUGAGAACAUGAAAUGGUAGAAAUGUCAUUACGAUUGGAAAAAACAGUCUAUGUCAUCUAUUUUUUGAAAUCUAUCUCGUUUAAAUAUUGAUUGCGACUACACUUUAAUGGUCCAUUCUGGUGGUCUAACUUUCGACGAGUAGCAGUUGGUAUCUCAUGAAUUACGCGAAUAAUCCUGACGUCAUAGGUUUCUUAUAACCCCAAAGAAAAUUGUCAACAGGAGUGAUUCCGCUCGAUUAACCCAGACAAAGAGUGGAAUCAAAAGGCCAUCAAAAUGAUUUCCCAAUAAGUUCAUCGUUUCUCACUCUGUAUGGCAAGUAGCACCAUAACUUUGAAACCGAAACUUACCAAGAUCGCGGGCUUCAAUUUCAGGUGUCAAGCAAUUCGUUAUCAUGGUACAAUAGUAGUCUCCAUUGACAGUUACGUUAUGUCCGGUCUGAUUUAUAGAAUAAUAUCGACCUAUAAUUCCGCCGGCUCAUAAGCCGCACAAAAUCGUUGUUUUCUGUGAAUGUAAUGAUAGCUCGUGAAACUAUUCGAGUUGUUCCUCAACCCAAGACAACAAUUUUGCUUACUAACGUAUUAUCCAGCCAGAAAGACGACUAGAAUGUGUAGCUAACCUACCUCCUACCUGAAUGGGUGAUUUUUGUAAUACAGCUGAACAAUUGGAGAAAUUGUUGCAAUCUCAGUUUUUCCAUAGUGAUUUGAUUUGAUAUGAGUUAGGCGUGAUCUGUCAGAAAAACCAUACUCAAAAAAAAGUUCCCUUUAUGCGGUGACUAUUGUGGUAUCACAGGUAAUUGCGGGUUCCAUUAUUUUUACUUGAAGCGUUUGUGUUAUGUCUUUACUAAUCUCUUCAUCAUAUUAUUACAGCAUAUUUCACAAGGUUAGCACUCUAAUUAUAGCUUGGAAUCCAAGAUAUGUUCAGUCUUACCCGGAUUUUUAACUAUCCUACUUUUCACGGAACCAUUGAUAAUGAUUCCAACUUUAUUUAAUGUGUUUGAAAAGUCAUGAUAUAGUGUCUUGUACUUCUAUAAGAUGAAUCUAGAUUUGGGAUCUUUUCAUUUCGCCGCUUGUAUACAGUAUAUAUUUUAUAUAUAUUACAUCUGUGUAAAAUAUCAAGUUCAUUGCAUUGUCCGGUUAAAAAUCCCAUAUUGCAAAUUGUCUAGUUUUCGUAUUGGAGUUGGUGCUUCCUGGUUGCACCUCGUCGCUAGCAUUGUCAGACAUUCCUUCAAUUCAAUUUUACUCUAUAGGGAUAGUAUUUUUUCAUUUUUCUGCCGGUUGCCACCUCGUCUACUGCGGGGUCUAACCACGCAGAUCGUCCGCAACCUCUACUUUCUAAACUUUAAAGAAUUUUACGUCGAUCUGAUCUCUCAAAAAUCUCAGAUUUUGUACGUCAAAGGGGUUUGUGCCACAGUCACAAGUAAUACAUAGGGAUAGACAUACUAUCCCUUUAAACUGUGAAUUUAAAUAAUCUUUAAGAGUCUUAGUUAUAAUAAAAUAAUUAAAGAAGAUAGUAAGGUCAAUUAAUGUCCUGUUAACAGUAAAUCUAAAGGAACUGCGUCCUUUAGACCAAAUUGUUAGUAUAUCCGAUUAACGUGUCAUUAGUUUUUCUUCAUGGUUAUAUAAUAGGUCCUAUCAGUACUGACGGCGCUAUAAGCAGGUGUUGCAAGAUUCGAGCAAGUCUAUUAGAUUUUUAAUUGUAAUGAAAUCGAUCAAAUUCCAGCCUUGAUAAAAUCAGGUGGAUAAGAUAUUAUUAUGCUGAUUCCAACUACAUGAAGGAUCGGGAAACUGUUAGUCAGCGUUACCGAGGAAGAAUACCAAGCAACAACAGAGUGCAUGUAGUACAUUAUUAAACCCUUCACAACACAGCCAUUUGGAUUCCGAAAAAAACAUCUAGGGAAUGAGAAUAUGGCUAAAUCUACCCGGAAAUAGGGAUAACCUUGAUAGAAUACGUUUCAGCGACAUUGUAUCCUCCGCCACUUAGGAUACGUUGGUUAAAAACUUCCCGCUGUUUAGUUAAAACAUCUGGCACCUAUCGUUUUGUGGAGUUGCGGCUAUUAUAAUAGAGAACAACUUCCGUACAUGUCGCACAAUUGGUGUUGGUGUAGUGGUAAUAACUAUUGCUUUGCAGUAGUGCUUCCAAUAUUUUUCGCACCUGCUUGGCCAGUAUGAAUUUGUACUUGUUUAUACUAAAAUUGUUGAGUCUUCGCAUGAAAAUUCUGUGUAUAAAGGCUAUUGCGAUCUUGCUAUACUUUACGAAGCUUGCAAUAUUUAUGGAUAAUAGGCUGCUUCUAUUGAUAAACCCUUCAAUUGCAAGUCAUGUUAAGAGCUGUACAGAAGCAGGAUGAAGAGAUCAUAAUAAUCAUAUAUUUGCAUUUGAUGGCAAAUCUUAAGAAAUGCCGUUCAUAAUGUUUUUGAUAAUUUACUCGACCCCGAGGUUGCGCUUUGUUUAUUGUUAACCGUACAUUUAUUUAUACAUUUAACUGACUUCUACUCUCUGUAUAAACUACAAAUUUCCUUACAUCACAGUGCAAUGCUCUUAAUCAAAUAUAAUUACAAACACUCGUAGAAAAAUCUACUUAGAGAAAUGGUAAAAUCCGCAUAAUGUUUUGCUAUUUUCGAAUGUAUUAUGAAUUAAUUACUAUCCACAUUUUGUCCGUAGGCAACAAAAUUAAUUAUGAUAAUUAUCUCUAGAUCUAAAAGAUUCAAACUUUCCGGUGUUAGUUGUCCAACUUCUCUGCCAUCCAUUGCAAAACGAUGUGAAUAUGAAAAGAUUCAUUUAACGAAUUGAGAAUGGAAGUUAAAGUGCAUGAUAACUAGAAGAAAAGAAGUACCUGAAUGCCAGUUGUGACUGUCACAUUGAGAACAUCGGCAUGUAAAAAUAUUAAGGGCUGCAAAUGCAGUGUAAAAGUAGAACUACGAUAUUGUGAGUGAAAGGAUUAAACUUAUGAAAGUGAAUUCGGAUCUGAAGACAUAAGUGGUUUUCUGAAAUCUAACUUUGAUGUAUUUUUAUUUACUGCUCAGUAUUUUAUGAAUUUGACGAAUAACUUUCGAUCGUCCUGCUUCCAGUUUUUCAUUUGUGCUCUAAUCAAACUUUCGCGGAAGGGAUAUCGACCAAGUUGCUUUCACAAUUAGAACGAGGCAUCCGGAAGGUUUUUGUCAUAGCAAAAUAUCCACUGAGCUAUUUUAUUUAAAAGAGAACAACUUCAGAGACCACUAAAAGAAAUAUCUAUAUGAAAUUAAAAAUUCUAAGCUUACGUUCACUGUAUUAUGUUCAUUUAGUUUUCAAUUGAGUUUAAAAAUUUCCUUUAGGGAAAUUCAUUUGUGCUGAGCAGAUAGGAUCUAUUUGAAAUGUGUGCACAAUAUAUCGAAGUGUGUGUGAAAAAAUAUCAAGAAACGGGUGCCAUAUGCUUUCAGCUAAAUAGUGGAUUAUAGUCAUAUUUUUCUAGUAUUUGAUCAAGUCCACCGGCGAACAUAUCACCAUUUAUUGCGAGUUCGUUUCCCGAAAAUCUUAUGAUUUUAAUUAAGACAUAGCUAAACAAUUGAAAAUCAUAUUCAAUUAUAUACGAAAAUGCGAAACGUGUAGAUUAUGAAGCAAGGAAUACUACAGAAACUGGGAUAGCUCUUUGUCGAUAUAGAUAAUCGAGAUUGGCACAACGAAUGAUUCAAGCUAAAUUUCAUUUGUUGAUAGAAGAUUUUUAUUGUGAAGACCUGGUGUAUAUACGAUCGCAGCAAAUAUACGUGGUUGUAUGAACUAAAUUUCACAAUGUUUUCUCUGUGAUAUUACUAGAUGGUGCCCAAACAUCCUGUGAACAUCUAUGCGACAAUAAAUGUUUGUAAUUGAGCGAGUACCACAUUACAGGAUUUUAUAUUUAUCAAUUAAACGUGCGCCAUGGCCUAGGUCUAUGCUAAAUCUACAAAGAGAAGGGAAGAAGUGCCAAAAUUUGAUAUCAAUCCUCGCCUGAUGAAUAAACUGAAUAUCGUGCAUGCUCCAUUCUGUUGCGUGUUUGAGUGGUGGAAGCUAGACUAAAAAUCAGAACAAGUUUCUAUGAAAUUUGAAGUAUAGGUGAGCAUAGAUCUACACGUUUACGAUAGUUACUCAAUAUCUUUGGCAGAAAUGUAAGAUGAAAAUUCGCACAAUUCGUUUAAAAACGUUGCCUUGAUGCGAUAGUUGUAUAUUUUGAGAGUAGAAAACACGUUUAGGUAGUACAUGAAUCCGUUACAUUUAAGAACCAGUAAAAAAGACUGACUGCAAAAUCUUUAGUGAUUACAAUAAUGACAACUAACAUCGCAAAGUUUGACCACCGUGAAUCAUUCGGAAUUUUGGCAAAAAAUCAAUCUUGUAUAAUUAUAAUAUAUUAUCCUUCCAUUUCUCUAUGAAAAGCAUUUACAGAAAGAGAUAUUUACCAAAUUUAUUUAAAUGAUGAUGUACGAAAUUAUUUACAAUAAAAUUCAGUGAUAAUUAUGCUACGUUUCCACACAUUUCUACUCUCUGUAAACUAAGAAAUUGCUACAAAUAUAAUGUGUACCUUGAGUGUACUAAGAAAUGUGAUCCAAUAAAUGAGUAUAAAUCGAUCGAAUAUCGCUAAAUAGGUAGAUUGAAAAAGCCAGCAUAUAACCACAUCAACAACCAACAACACUAUGGAAUACCCAUUAGUGAAAAAACAAUAAAUUAUUAGUUAUGUAAGAAAAGUUUAAAACAACAAACUGAAAAAUAUCUAAGAAACCAACAAAAUGAAUUAACAUCAAAUCAAAGAGUUAUUUUGUAUAUGUAUGUAAUAACAACUAAAAAAAUUAAACUGAAUAGCGCGAUUAUGAACACCAUUAUAACGUUACACACGAAAGUGGAAAAGACAAAUGUGAUCAGCAUGUAAAACAAACAAAUCGGGAAAAUAUCUUAAUAAACAAGUUCUAAACAAAAAUUGCAUUAUCGAAACUCUCACAGAGAAAUUCAAAUUAUGUAAAUAAGGAAGCUCUAAAAUAUUCAAGCGUUGAAAAAAAGAGCAUCAUCACGAAACACCUCCAGAUAUUGCAGCGAAAAAGAAUUAGAUGUUAUAUAUGUGAUGUAUUUUGUGCUGUAAGUAUAAACUUUGCUGAAGUAAUCCUCAUGUGAGCACAUUACCUAUAAUGUUACUUUCCCCAUAGUUUGCUACAUUUUUUAUUACAUGCUUGCAAAUUGUAUCUGUUUAAAUUUAUUGAAGAACAGCUGUUAGUCACUCCGCGUAUGUUGGGCAGUUGACCAAUUGUUUUAUUAAAAAUGUAUCUGCGCAAUGCAUGCUUUCUUAUGAAACAAAAAAACUUCAUGCUAUCAAUUGAUCAAUAACGAUGAAGUAAUAGAUUUCGCAUCAAUGCCUGACUGAGACGCUGCAGCUGCUUAUCACUGCUAGCUGGUUUGAUUUCCCAUACGAUCAUGCGAGAGCUGGAUUAACAGGGAAUCUUUAAAAUGUGAUGAGUUAUAUGUAACUCCCUUCCCUUUAUUAUUUGAUUACUUACUCGUUCUUCCUCAUUGCCUUUUCUAGGACACUACAAAGGGAGAAUCUUUUUAUAAAACUAGGUCAAUAUACGAACUUUUGGUUGUUUUUCUUUACAUUCUGACUAAAAUUUUAUUUGCUAGAAUAUCAAAGCUUUAUUCUAUCUCCUAAGUUGCUCUUGGUCUGUUUUUCAGUUAUUUUUUCCAUUACACGAAGAUUAAAAAUCAUGUUAUAACGAAACGGCAUGAUAAAUUAUAUGCAUUUUUUAUUACAAAAUAUUACGUCAUGCAGUGUAUACCAUUUGAUCAAAGGCUUCAUAAAAUGUUUCCAAAGAAUUUGUCAUGAAAAAAGGAUUCGAGAGAUGCGGGAGACUUAUUUUUAUCUUCGGUCAUUUGUUAUUUUCCGAAACUGCCUGCACGUGACUUUCUUCGAUAGAAGAAAUUUUCAUUAGGGAAAAAAUCUUUUAAUAUAACUGUCAUUUGUUGUAAUUUGAUGUCAAUGUUCAGAAAAUUAUUCAAAGUAAAUUAAGCCUACCAAAAUGGUCCAAUGGGCGUGAUAGUUACGUCAGAAUAGUUUAUAGGCAACAGCUGGGCAGAACGUGUGUGGGGUCCGGCUGGCCUGUCAACUCGGUGAUGGAUUCAAAAACGAUUCGACCAAUCCGCUGACAUGAAGGUGGUUCAGGCAAUUGCAUUUUAGUGGUGGUCAGGGUACAACUGAUUUUGCCGUGUGGCUUCCCGAUGCGUGUAUGUGUCUUUGUGGACGGUUUAAACGCAACUGGGAGGUCUGCCGGAAUGUGUAUGGCCAACUUUACCAACGAUCUGCUGCACCAUGACUAACUUCUGGAUAAAACUUUCAUUUAUAUCCUUUGAAUGCUUCAGGAGUCUACGAUAGUUGAGCGUAGUUUUGUCAGCCACCGUCAUGAGUAUUAAGUAAUAAUUUUUUCCAUCACUUAAUAAGAUUUAGGCUUCUAAUUAUUUUCCAUUCACUAAUGUGUUAUAUUUGAAUGCAAAUUCAUUUUUUUCUAAUGCAACACGUGCCAUAAUUUUAACUUAAAUGUUUUUUAAGAAGUGGAAAUCUUCAAAAUACUAACCUCAGCGUUCACUACCUUGAGAGUGUGGGAUUUUUACCCAUUAAAACCACCUCUCGCUAAGCUACGACUGAAAUUUCGCCAUCCAAUAACUUUGCAUAUUCAGGUUUCCUUUUUAUUGGAAGAGACCCUGUGGUCCACCCCAGCACUGUGGUUGGCUUUGCUAAGGAACUGGCCGUUCCUCAGUAGCUUGUAUCUUUAGGCAUCCUUUAUGUUAGCAAGUCGUUUGGCUUUACUCUUUUCAGUCAUCUCAUUGAAUGUCUUGAGAAGGGCUGCGUUGAGGUGUUACUCUAUUAAUUUUUUAAUGGUAGACUUGUAUUGUUGGUUGAAUGCUUUUCGUUUUGUUUCCAUCAAUAGCUGCUGGCCACAAUUUAAUCCGUCAUGAACAAUUUUUUUCGCUUUCGUAAUUUUCUCCAAAUCCACUUCAUUUUGCUAAAUCAGAUUUGAGCAAUUUCGAAUUAGAAGUAAAUGUUUCUUCGUAAUGUUUGUGGAUAAACCCGCUGUGUUUUUUGGUUUUUCCAGCGCCCCUUUCCGUUGAGCUAUUUCAAUUAAUUCAAUGAUAUCUUGCUUUUGCGUUAACUAUUCACAUAGUUUCCAUGUGUUCAUCAAUUGUGUGAUAUCAUUAGCCAAAUUCGAGAUCACUUGAACAUGCUCAUUACUUUCAGUUACUUUGGGCCACAGUUUUUUCCAGACAUCAUUCAUAUUUCUUUCUAAGGAAGAACAAUAUUCCUAAUAGCUUUCAUCAUUUCAAAAUGGUUUCCACUAUUCUUUCAUUGAUGACCUGUCUGAAUCCGUUCCACGAAUUAAUUGACCGACUGCAUGCCGCAAAUAAUAUAAUUCGACUUGCCGACUUGGAACGAACUUCGCCAACGUGGAAUGUUCAUUCUACACGUUUAUGGAGGUUUGGAGUUUGCGGCAAACAUAUGGAACCGGAUAAUACUAGCCAUAAUCGUGUAGGUUGUCAAGCAAGUUGGUUGCAGCGAGAUUGCAUGUCUGUUGACUAGUUGCGGUUUAUCGAUCAGGUUAUGACAACCACAACCUGCCCACAGACGUGUAAUCUAGCUGCAAUCAUCAACUUGGCUGCACGUCUGUGACUAGUGUAACGCACUUGCUAACGAUGACGAUGUUUGAUGCGCAAAAUCAAGGUAAACAUUUGUGAAAGUUUAGAGUUUACGGAAAACGUGUGGAGCCGCCUUUAUAUCUGCGUGUAUUUUAUUUGCACACAAGAAUUAAGAUGUGCUGUGUUAAUGCACAUUUUAAAUCAAUAAGUAAAGACGAUCCAUUUCAAUCAUGUCAAAAAUCUCAUAUAUUGAUCAACCGCACCACCAGGACCAAACCAAGAUUCUUGAUUGUUUGACGCUCAGUUUUAGCCCAGGCAGCCUGAACUAACCGCCUCAAAUACGGCAACAAGUUAUGGCGCCCACUUUCUUGGUAGCUUUCGGAAUUGAUCCGGGUACCGGUGACUUGCCGGGUGCUGAGAACGCUGGCUAAAUCAUAACAAAUCUGUUACCGAAGUUGGACAUCGCGGUUCUUUCCUUAAAUUGUGCCAAUAGAUCUGUCUGUACGUGAAGGCAAACCUUUCAUCGGACCAAUCAAUCUAAGCAUAAAAAAGAUGUAAAGGGUACAACUCGUGAUAAUCCGCGAAAUUUGCUCUAAUUUUCUAUUAUUUCGACCUUAACAUCCGUUUUUAAGCUUUCGCAUGUGAUACAGGUUCAGUGACUCUUUUAGAGUUUUCCAAACUGUCACGAGUCUAACGUAAGCUUUUUUAAUUAAUUGUCGAUUUGCGGGCGACCACAAGAUUUUCAGCCAAAAAUCUGGCGAUGAUACCGCGGGCUCAGCCCAAAUGGUGAUCAAUUUCGCAGUUGGACAGGCCUCUUUCAAAAAGUGCAGAAAUUUGACCUUUCUCAUAUUCAUUUAAAUCAUAUUUUCUUCCCAUUGUUUCACAAAAAACAACUAUAAUUUUCUUAUGGUUCUAUCAAUUAUCAUGAAAAAUGGACAAUUUGAAACAAUUCUAAUUCACAACAAUGGAAUAAAUGCGUACCUAUGUAAGUACUUCCAGGAAGUUUAUUAUACUAGCCAUAAAAAUUGUUCAAAAAAAAGUACAGUGGUUCUAUCAUUAUGUAUGAUUCAUCAAAUCUACUAGUUUUAAUUCUCCUUCUUCUUCUCUUGAUGAAUUGUCCCUUGUUUCUUGGUCAAAGAGGUGAUCUGGGAGGAGUGGAGUCGAUGGAGAGUCACCAAGUUGUUCCCCAAAUAUGCAUAUUUGCAAACAAUCACGUUUUUAUUAAAGCGGUUUCGGAUUUUUAAUUGUUAUUAUCAUUUCCCCACUUAAACGCUUUAUAUAUGUAAGUUUAGAAUAAGCUUCAUGAACAAUAUAUAUUGGAUAACAAUCCUGUUUAGCUAUUGGUAAUUAUUUAUAACGAGUAGACACAUCUUUUUUGGCCUGCCGUGUAACCUUGAUUCAAAGAUAAGUUGGCUUCUACAAAUAUUACCAAAGUUUCUACAAGGAAACAUUUUUGGUAGUAGAACUGAAAAUAGUCCAAAGUAAAGCUAGCUAAGCCGAUUCUUAUAUCUAUGCACUUGUAUUUUUUAUUAUAAUCAGUUACAUUCUAUUUGAACGUCAUUUAGGAGCUCUAUGUAAUAUGUGAAUAUCUUUUCUAAAUUUGGCAUCAGGUUUAAAUGAAUGAUUUUGUGAACCGCAAUGUUUUGUCACAGGUCAUUUAUAAAUUUCUGCAUGGAAUAUCUGCUUUCCUUUUUCUUUUCCUUAGAAACGUUUUAAUUGAAAUUCUAGUUUUUUUAAUUUAGCAUUUACUUACUGACCCACUAACAUCACAUACAUAACUUUACGCUGCUAACAACGUGCAAUAUUUGCAAAUUAUAUGAGAGUAUACAGCAAUGAGAAGAACUAAAAUAAUAAAAUGAUACCUAAUGUAAGCAAAAGAAUAUGAAAAUCGAGCUGUGAUAUUGUAGUAUGAACACCUCAAAACAACUGAAAGAAGAAAUCGUAAAAACAAACACAACAACAAUGCAAAGCAUUCAAAAUGCUUACAAACUAACAAUAACGUUUAAACAACACGAAAAUUAUUUACUAUCAAUAAAGAGAAAACGCAUAAGAACUGAGAAGAUAUUUUAAAUAGCAAAUUACAAAUUAAUAGUCUUUAUAAAAUUAAAAGAAGAAAAUCACACAAAAUCUUUAAGAUGACACCUAUGGAAAAUGAAAAAUAACAAUAAUAAGAAUAAAUCAAUGAAUUUAGGAGAAAAAACGCUCAUUUGAAGAAUUUAACUAGGAACUCUCGAAUACGCGAAGAGGAUAAAAUGGCCAAUUAUUGAAUGGAAAGUGGGAGCUAUUUGUAUUUUGAUAACGAAACAACAAACAACUGAAAUAUGUAAUUGAUGUGGAUACAGAAAAACAUUAUUUUUUAUGUGUAUAUUAAGUUUUCUAUUAGAGUUAUGUAUUUGAGGGGGAGGAUUGAAAUUUCAAGUAUAAUUAUAUGACAACAUAUGAACACUUUGAAUAUUAUGCUAAUAUAGAAGAAGUCCAAAUAUAAACAUUCGUACAACCAAUGGAAUGAAAUGUACUUUCCUACAAUUGGGAGAAAUGCGCAUUGCUGUAAAUUUAUAAGUUUCUGGAAAUCUAAAAACAUUAUCACCGGUUAAAAACGUAUAUAUUGUACUCAACUAUUACUAACCAUUUUGGUUUAAUAUUUUUAGCUGCCGGAAAUAGUUAUUUUCAUUCUGACCGUGUACCAAUAUAAGUAGAAAGAUGAUGAAAUAUUAAUAAAAUAAACGGUUUAGAAUACGACCAUUAUCUAUUUACUCCAUAUAAAAAAAGCUAAGCUACAUUGGUAUUUGGUUUACUUGUCCUAACUAAAAUUUGAAGUUAUUGCAAUAAGCAAAAAUUCAAAAUUGUAGUAGAAAUUCCAACAAAAAGAUAUUAACGAAAAUAUUAGAAUUUAUUCAAAAUAAAUGUCUUUGAAAAGUA